GAGCUUGCACGCGCUGCGGGGAGGGCAGCAGGGCCGACGCGGCCUGCUGGCUUAAGUUCGGGGCACCGAACCCCGUGCAGAGCCUACCUCCCUGCAACCCCUUCCUCCCCAGAGCACUGUGGACGACAGGCUCUCCAGCUCUGAGCGAUCGCCCAGACCCCUCAGCCAAGAAGAUCGCUCCAAAGCGGACAGGAAAAGGAAGAUCCGAUUUGCUUCCUUGCCUGAAUUCCUCAUGGUGAUUCUGCAACUUGAUGGACAACAAUAACAACACUUUUCAGCCCAAAAAUUAUUCAAAAAUGGCAGAACUCUUUAUGGAAUGUGAAGAAGAAGAGCUGGAGCCAUGGCAGAAGAAAAUAGAAGAACAGCAGGAAGAAGAGGAGGAGGAGGAAGAAGAGGAGGAGGAGGAUGAUGAGCUGAUCUUUGUUGGAGAAAUAUCAAGUUCAAAACCAGCCAUCUCAAAUAUUUUGAACAGAGGUACCCCCAGCUCAUCUUCAAAGGGAUUAAAGAAUGAGACACUCGGUCAAGGUGGUGCAGUCAAGGCUGCAAGUCAACAGAACAAAGAUCCCACAUCAAGUCGAGCAGCUGCUGUGUUGCCUAGAUUUCAUCCCGAGUCUAAAUCUUUACACAGCCCUGUUAGUGCUCAGAACAUGUCUGACCCUGAUUUUACAAAGAAUCUGUCACAAGUUGAAUCUGAUGAUUCUUCAGACUUACUAUUUGACUUGACCCAGGAUACAAUACCACUGUCCCAGGAGUCAUCGGAAAUUUAUAUAGAAGCUUUGGAUCAAAGUAUGCCAUUUCUAAAGCGUCCUUCUUCUUCUAAAAGAAACAGUGUUAGUCCAAAAAAGCCAAAGAUCAGUGACGAUCUUAGUGAAAAAAGUUCUUCACUGUCUUUACCAAGUUCUCCUUCAGUGACCUCCUCCAGCAGUAUACUAUCAAAAAGUUCAGAUAGCUCAUCAGUUCAAUGUAAAACUACAAUGCCUUUGCAAAGAUCUUGCCCCAAGUGCAAUAUUCAGUUCAAUCUCCUGGAUCCUCUGAAAUAUCACAUGAAGCGUUGUUGUCCAGACAUGUUAAGUAAGUUUUCGGAUCUGUUUAGCUUAGACCUUCCAAGUACUGAAAAAAAAUACAUGCUUAGUACAGAGAAAGGAAAACUCGUCAUGUUGGUUGGUGACUUCUACUAUGGAAAGCAUGAAGGAGAUACUGAUGAUGAACAGAAGACUUACACAACCUUUAAGUGCUUCAGUUGCUUGAAAGUUCUUAAAAAUAAUAUUAGGUUCAUGAACCACAUGAAGCACCACCUGGAAUUUGAGAAGCAGAACAGUGAGAGCUGGGAAAACCACACCACCUGCCAGCACUGCUAUCGCCAGUACCCCACACCUUUCCAACUGCAGUGCCACAUCGAGAGCACACACACUCCCCAUGAGUUUUCUACUAUUUGUAAAAUCUGUGAGUUAUCAUUUGAAUCAGAGCAUACUCUUUUACAACACAUGAAGGACACUCAUAAACCCGGUGAAAUGCCAUAUAUUUGCCAGGUUUGCCAGUUUAGAUCAUCAACAUUUUCUGAUGUUGAAAAUCACUUCAGAGCUUGCCACGAAAACACUAAGAACUUGCUAUGUCCAUUUUGCCUCAAAGUUAGCAGAAUGGCAACUCCCUACAUGAACCAUUACAUGAAACAUCAGAAAAAAGGAAUUCAUCGUUGCACAAAAUGCAGACUACAAUUUUUGACUUGCAAGGAGAAAACGGAUCAUAAGGCCCAGCACCGGACAUUUAUAAAACCUAAGGAGCUAGAAGGAUUGCCUCCUGGUACAAAGGUUACUAUUCGCGCUUCAAUUGGAUCUGUUCAUUCAAGACAAUCAAGUGCAUCUUGUAGUGUCCCAAGUACUUCUUCUCUUCAAGUCUUACCUCCAAAAUCCAAAAGUACAACUACUAAAAGUCCCAUAAAAUCGAAGGCAGGCAAAUCUGGUGCAGGCAAAUCCGGCACAGGCGGAUCCGGCACAGGCAGAGCUGGUGCCGGGAGAUCUAACAUAGGCAAAUCGAGUGCAAGGAGAUCCAGUGCCAGCAAAUCCAGCACAGCCAAAGCUAAGGUAGUCAGAGCUAAGGCCGUCAAAGCCAAGGCCGUUAAAGCUAAGGCUGUCAAAGCCAAGGCCAUCAAAGCCAAGGCCAUCAAAACUAAGGUAGACAAAUCUACUGCAGGCAAAUAUAAGACAACCAAGCCGCAGACAAGUAAGCCUUGUGCAUCUACAUCCACUGUAAGUAAAACUAAAGCCACUAAAGGAGGCAGAAGUACUUACAAACGCAAAACGAAAACUUCUAACAAGCAAAAGAAACAACACAACAGAAUGAAUAAAAUCAGUGUCGCUCUGAAGAAAUUAAGGUGUCGUCGUGGAAUUCAUAAAUGCAUUGAAUGUCAUACCAAAAUCAAGGACUUUGCAAGCCACUUUUCAGUGUAUACCCACUGCAAUUUCUGCAAAUAUCACACUAACUGUAACAAAGCUUUUAUGAAUCAUAUGAUGAGCUCUCACAGCGACCAUCCAAGUAAACGGUAUUAUAUUUUUAAGAAGCAUUCUGGAGCUCUCAGGGGCAUCACUCUAGUGUGCCUUAAAUGUGAUUUCCUCGUUCAUUCUUCUGGUUUAGAUCUUAUGGCAAAACACUUAAGUCAACGUAAAACUCAUACUUGCCAAGUUAUUGUGGAAAAUGUUCUUGAAAAUAACUCGACUUCCGAAACCACUAACUACUUCUGGAAAUAGAUUUCCUACUCUGUCGGAUCUCGUGCAGCCUGGUGAAAGAAAAAUUUGGGGUUUCUUAAGUUCAAACUUCCGAAGUGUUUUCUUAAUACAAAGAAAAUUUUCCUAAGUUCAAAAUGCUGAAGUGUGUUGUCACAUGAAGGUGGUUAAACAGCCAGGUUCAUGGCACUAGCUCUCGUUACCCAGCUCUUUCCGCUGAUCAGAUGGCACUAGAUUUUGAUUCCACCUUAUCUUUGUGUCAGGGUAACAUCUUGCUAUAUGCUUCUUUCUCGCUGGUUGGCUUUCUCCAAAAAUAACCUGUUGCUGUGGUCUUUUCUUGCUUUGCUGGAAAUAGUGUUUUUUCUCUGCUGUACUUGCCUUUAGCAUAUUGCAUUCCAAAUGAUAUGGCUGUUCAUCUGUUUUCUUGUCUGUUGUCUUAUAUUUUUAGUCAGAUAGUUGUCUUUUUCCUCCUUGUCUAUUGUUACUCUAUUUUUCCUAUUUUUCAGAUGCAGAAGCAACACAAAAAAUGUCAAAUGGUCAGGGUACUCCUGCUUGGUGUCCCACUUCGAUGGACACAGUUGAUGCCUGUUCUCUUUCCAGGGAAUGUGAAUUAAUGACUGUGAGACUUCCUCUAGGUUGUGGCCUUAAGAAAUCAGAUUUUGGGAAGAGUCUCUUAUUUCACAACUGGCCUCCCAGAUGGCUGAUGCUAAUUUGGCCAGAAAUGACCUCAAGGCCCACCCAAUUGAGCACAACUUCUACUAGGGGCUUUGAUUCUUGAUCUUAAUAAGCUUCUGAGUAGAUUCUGACCAAGAAAAGCUCAUUAAAGCAGUCCUUCAACAUCCAAGUUGAAGUUCAAUCA